UUCGGGAAUGUCGAAUGAGUGAGGUGUAGUGACGAUUGUAAUGAUAAAUAACGGAAUUAUUUUAUAAUCUAGAAUUUUAUUGUUAAAUUUUGCGCACACCAACAACCUCGUUAAGUAUAAUCGCGAUAAGUAUUAUUUUUCUUUAAAGCUAUAUUAAAGUGUACUAUGGAUAACCUCAAGUAAGAGCAAUCAAUUCCCUUGUACUUGUAUUGCUUGUAAUUGAAGUAAAAAUUCUUCUGGUUGCGUUAAAUGAAAGUGUUGUUUAAAUUCCGUGAAGUGCACGGUGUAUGCUCUUCUGGCAUCGCAAAUAUCGCGAUAUCUUAUUAGUGAAAUAUAGGAAACAGUGAAUAUGUGGAAGCCGUUGGUUUUGUGUAUAAAAUGUGUGUGAAACUGUGUAAUUUAAUUACAAAUAGGUUUUGUGGUGUGUGUGUUCGUGUGCUGCCGUAGGAUUGCGAUGUCCAGGCUUGUCGAUUACUUUGUGAUCGUGGGAUUCGACCACGAGAAGGAAAGUGGCGGCCUGAGCAGCGGCGUCAUCCUCCAGCGUUUCCCGGAGACCAACUGGGACGACACACCAUUCCACGACGGCAUCGAAUGGUUCUGCCAGCCGCAAGGAUGGGCGCUGUCGAGCGAGCGCUCGGAGCCACAGUUCUACGUGUCCGUGCUAACGGACGUGGAUGCGAACCGGCACUACUGCGCGUGUCUCUGCUUCAACGAGACUGUUGCUAUCACUCCCACCAAGCGAGCAGACGAGGACGAGGAAUCCCUGGAGUCCAGCAGACCAGUGUCCAACAUCACCCACCACAGCAUCAUGUACGCGCCCAAAUGCCUCGUCAUCGUCUCCAGACAGGACUACAUCGACACCUUCAGAAAUUGCCUCGGCAUAAUCUACACAGUGUGGGUGGAGAACCUGGGCGUGCCACUGGAGACGCUGGUGGGUAACCUGCUGGGCUGCGUGCUGGUGCCGGGCGCGGGCGGGCCGCAGGUGCGCUUCAGCAUCGGCGCCGGCGACCGGCAAGCACUGCAGCCGCCCGCAGCGCCGCCCAUGCCUACCACCGCCACCGCGGUGCAUAUGCUGCUCAGGUUGCUGGGUAUACACAACUCCGUAACCCUCUGGUGUGCAGUGAUGAGCGAGCACAAAGUCCUGCUAGUCUCCCUCGCGGCUGCGCGCUUAGCAGCGGCGUGCAGAGCGCUAGCGGCUCUGAUGUUCCCGUUCCGAUACGCGCACGUGUACAUACCGCUGCUGCCGUGCGGGUUGGCUGAGGUGUUGGCGACGCCCACGCCGUUUCUCAUCGGUGUUCAUUCGAGCUUGAAGGAGGAGGUGUCCGAAUUGCUGGACGUAAUAGUAGCAGACCUAGAUGUGGGUUCCCUCCACAUUCCCGCCGGGGUGAACAUCCCCCGACCUGAGGGGAAGCUCCUCUCGUCGCUCCAACACUCCCUAGCCCUGGUGCUGCAGCCGGAGUUAAAAUCGUGUGACUCGGCGUUCGCCCCUCCUCCCCCGAACUCGUCGCCCCCUCACAUGCUGGAUAAGGAGAUCAGGGCUGUUUUUAUGAGGACGUUGGCUAAACUUCUACAGGGAUACCGACACUGCCUGACGAUAAUCCGCAUACACCCAUCACCCGUGCUAACUUUCCACAAGCUAGGGUUCCUGGGUUCCCGGGGCCUGUCCGCGUGUCCGUUCGCGGUGAGGCUCUUGGACUCCAUGUUCUUCAACGGACUCGUGGCUGAACGCGGCCCGCCUUGGAGGCCUACGGAUAUAUGGGACGAGUUGCUGCAAAAUUUACCAGAGCAACUGAGGCUAGAGUCUCUGAAUCCAGAAUUACAAUUAGUACACAUAAAAGAUUUAGCUAUGCAGUUGCAUCUCAACGAAAAUCCUAAUCCACAGGCGUUCCAGCAGCGGAUCCUCCGGCCGCCGGAGGGCGCGUCGGGGCGCAUCCACCAGCCGCCGCUGCCGGCGCUGGACGCCGCGCGCGUCGCCGACGUCGUCCGCGAGGGGCUCGCGCGACACAGCGCCAACACCAAAGUAUUAUUAGGUCGAGCGCCAGCGCCACGAAUAGUCCCAGUGUCUGCCCCACCGGUGGGCGCGGCCGACCACGAGCUCGUGUUGCUGACCAACUCUGCGCGCCGGCUCGAGGUGUUACGAUCGUGCGUAGCAGCAAUAUUCGAGUCCCGCUACGCGGACGGACGCAAGUCGUUCCCGGGCGUGCUGCGUGCGCUGCGCGCGGCGCCGGCGCGCGCGGCGCUGGCGGCCGAGCUGGCGCGCCGGCUGCCCAGCAACAAGCUGCUGCUGCAUCAUCAUCAGUUCGAGCUGCUGGUCAGGCUAAUGAACUGCGCGCUGCAAUCGACGACACCGCUGGACGAGCAUUCGAUAGCGGCGGCCAUGUUGCCGCUGGCGACCGCCUUCUGUCGGAAGCUGUGCACGGGCGUCAUACAGUAUGCGUAUAUGUGUAUACAGGAGCACCAGGUGUGGACGAGCCAGCAGUUCUGGGAGGCGGCGUUCUAUCAGGACGUGCAGAGAGACAUCAAGGCCCUGUACCUGCCCAGCCCGGCGCUCCACCAGCCCACGUCUAGCAUCAGAGACGACGAUGAUUAUAUAUUGAAGAAAGCGCAAGAGCCGAGUGCACUGGAAAUCGCAGCUGAACAGAUGAGACUGUGGCCCAGUUUACCACCAGAGAAGCAAAGAGAAAUAAUAGCGAGCGAGGAGUCAACACUAUACAGUCAAGCGAUUCACUACGCGAAUCGAAUGGUUUACCUGCUGCUACCGCUAGAGGGCGCGGGGCGGAGGGCCGAGGCGCGGGGGGACGACGACCGCGCCAGCAACAGCAUCACCAACAGUGUGGCGGAAUCUGAUAGUGCUGAUGCGGAGUCAGGGUUCGAAGAGGCGGACCCUGGCGAAGCCGGGAACAACGUCAUCAAAAUGGUCUCCAGAUUCGUGGAUAAGGUGUGCACAGAAGGUGGGGUGACAGCCGAACACGUGAGAUGCCUCCACCAAAUGAUCCCUGGUGUGGUCCACAUGCACCUGGAGACCUUGGACGCUGUGGCCAGAGAGAGCAGAAGAUUACCACCAGUCCAGAAGCCUCGGAUAGCACCGCCGCUACUAAUCCCCGGUGAAGCGCUAGUGGGCUGUGCGUUGAGGUGCUCACUAGCGCCAGACGGGAGAGGUCACGGAGCUGCCGCUGCGUUACUGCCGGCAGAUGGCGCUUUAUUCCUUACCAACUACAGAAUUAUCUUCAAAGGCGCACCAGCUGAUCCUUUUGCCUGUGAACAAACAGUGGUGCGUUCGUUCCCGCUGUGUUCGCUGACGCGAGAGAAGCCGGUGCGCGCGCACCACCUGCCGCACCUGGAGCAGUCGCCGCAGGAGGGGCUGCAGCUGCGCUCCGCCACCUUCCAACUCAUCAAGGUGGCGCUGGACGAGGAAGUGAGCAGCGAGCAAGCGGAGUCGUUCCGGCGGCUGCUGUCGCGGCUGCGGCACCCCGCGACCCCGGCGCUGCACUUCGCGCUGGCCAGCCGCGCGCGCGAGACGCAUCACAAGCACCAGAUCAAACACCACACGCUCAAAGGAUUCGCGAAGAAAACUCUACUGAAGACUGCGCGGAAAGCAGGCCUGAAGCCGAAACCGUCAAAGAGACAGAAAUAUGUGCUGCCCUCAGCGGACGCGCGGUCAUUGACCUCGCCGCCGCUCAUGUCUUCGUUAUCAGCUGACACUUUGUCUUUGGAAGAGCUAGAAGCAGUAGAAGCCGGCGGCACCGGAACCGGAACUACGGAUGACGGCCGCGGAACCAGAACGCUGGAGCGAGUGAGAGAGAGAGGGUAUGUGAGGGACUGGAGUAGAGUGGGACUAUGUUCCACUCCCUUCCGCACCUCGCACGCUAACGCCCUCUAUACGCUGUGUAGGAGUUACCCGGCAGUGUUCCCGGUGCCCGAGAACAUAAGCGAUGACUCUUUGAGGCGGAUGGCGCGGUGCUACAGACAAGGCAGGAUACCAGUGGUCACGUGGCGACAUCCGAGAACACACGCUUUGUUGUCCAGAUCCGCGGCGCCACAUCACAAAGGAGUGAUGGGGAUGCUGAAAGUGAGUCACCAGACGCCAGCCGCGGCGCAGAGCGGCACUGAAACUACGUCCAGUUUAGAACAGGAGCGAUACUUAGCAACACUAGUGUCGUGCACCCCGGCGUCGCUGGCCGACUCCAGCCUCAGCCUGGACUCGCUGUUGCUGUACGACGACGGCCAGCACACGCCGCUCAUGAACAAAUCUACCGGCACGCUAGGUGUCCUGGGCCGUAACAGCGGAGGCAAAGGGGGGGUCAGGCACUUCGGCCGAUGGGGGUCACUGAAGGACCGGCGACAGCCCUCACAUUUAGAACUGUAUGCUCCAAGACAUAGACUAUCUACGGCUGAUGUUGAUUCUGUGUGCGGCGAGACGGGCCCGCGCCGCGCCGCGCUGUACGUGGUGGCGGAGAAGGGGCUCGGCGGCGGCGGCGGCUGCGCCGGCGUCGAGCUCGUGCCGGUGGAGUACCCGGAGUCGCGGCACACGAAGCACGCGUUCAAGAAGCUGUUGCGUGCGGCCGCGCCCUCCGCGGCGCCCGCGCCCCACGACCCCGGCUUCUACAAACUUAUAGAAGACUCCGGUUGGCUAUGGCAACUCCGGCAAUUGUUCCAGCUGUCGGGGGCUGUGGUGGACUUGCUGGACCUUCAGGGGUCCUCCGUGCUGAUCUCACUCGAAGACGGCUGGGACGCCACUGCGCAGAUCUCAUCCCUCGCCCAAGUUUGCUUGGAGCCGUACUAUCGAACACUUGAGGGCUUUCGCUUAUUGGUGGAAAAGGAGUGGUUGGCGCUCGGUCACAAAUUCCAGCAGCGCUGUAACGUCGGCGCCACACCUCAGCAAGGAUUUACCCCCACGUUUAUCAUGUUUCUCGACGCCGUUCAUCAGCUCCAAAAGCAAUUCCCGUUAGCGUUCGAAUUCAACGACUAUUAUCUUCGCUUCAUCGCAUACCACAGCGUGUCGUGCCGCUUCCGCAGCUUCCUGCUAGACUGCGAGGCGCAGAGGGCCGAGCUGGGCAUCACAGCCGCGGAUGACAAGAGGGCGGAUACAACCAGAUUGGGAGUAGAGACGGGCGCGGGGUCGGAGGAGGAGGCGGGGGGCGCGUACGGCGGUCACUCACCCCGCCAGCAGCUCGGCCAGUCGCUGUUCGACUACAUCGACAAACAGCAUCAGAAACAGCCCAUCUUCUACAAUUUUCUGUACACGCCUGACCUUGACAAUCCGGUGCUUAGGCCUGUGUCGACCAUAAAUUGCCUGGAGGUGUGGGGCUACUACGUGAGCGAGGAGCUGUCUCACGGAGCGCCCUACGAUCUGGAAGCCCUGCCGCCGGCGCCGGAGCCCUGCCCCACUGUGUUGGCUGCCGGCUACGACAGUAUAUCCCGCAGUAUGCCGGACGCGUUUUCCGGUCUGCUCGAGCGCAUCCGACAGCUGGAGCUGGAGCUGGGCCACCUGCCGCAGAAGUGGCGCGUGCGGUGGGACCAGCUGGAGCUCCCCAACACCUUGGAGCUGCAGCGCAACGCGUCCAUGUCAUCGGGCGUAGUCCGGCGCGCCACGCUGGCGUGCCACAAGCGCGGCACGCUGGAGCUGCUGGUGUCGGGACGCCUGGCCGCGGCGCCGCUGCCCGCCGCGCCGCAGCACCGCUGGAGCCCCGCCGCCACCGCCGCGCCCCAGCGCUGCGACCACUGCCAGGACCUGCUGUGGACCCCGCUCAAGACUGGCGUGAGAUGCGUGGACUGCGGUGCUGCGUGUCACGAGCGUUGCGCUGAAUCUUUCGCGUUGCCGUGCACCAAAUACAAAGCGCCGCCGCCGCCCGAUCGUGCGUUGGAACACAGACAACAGACCAACAGCGUGACGACCCUGCAGUCCUCGUCGCAGCAGUACUACGAGCAGUUUUCCUCAAACGUCGCCGAGAAUCGAACACACGAGGGACAUCUUUAUAAGAGGGGCGCGUUGCUCAAAGGAUGGAAACAGAGAUGGUUCGUUCUGGACUCCAUAAAGCACCAGUUGAGGUAUUAUGAUGCUAUGGAGGACUCCCACUGCAAAGGAUUCAUUGAUCUAGGUGAAGUGAUAACUGUGAGCCAAGCAGCGCCCGCGCCGGGGCCGCCGAAGAAAUGCGACGAUCGAUCCUUUUUUGAUUUGCGCACGAGCCGGCGCACGUACAACUUCUGCGCGAGCGACGCCAACUCUGCGCAGGAGUGGAUCGAGAAGCUGCAGGCCUGUCUGCAGUGAGGCGACACCCUACUUCACGUAGUCUUCAGAGUUAUGGUCGUGUAUAUUCUUGACGUAUUCUGUUGCAGGGAGUGACACUAAUUGUAUUCAAUAUAUAUAAACUACAUAGCUUUUACCUGCUGAUUCGCCCGCGGGUAAUGAAUGGGUACUUAUAAUUAUAAUCACUAAUAAUCCUUGAAAUAUGCCAAAACUGUGUUUGUUGAGAUACUUCAAAAGGUAAUCAACGUUUGAAAAAUUCUCAAUUGAGAAGGAAAAUAAACAGAACUGUAUCAUCGAAUCGAUCGAAAAAUCGAUAUGUUUCACAGAUCGACAUAUUUGAUAGUAUGUUUACAAAUAUGUCUGUGAUCUUUGCUUAUAUGUCAUUGUGUUGUGUGUACAUACAAGUACAUACAAGUAAUACAUACACAUAUUACGUAGUGAUCUGACCAGUCACAAAAUGAGAUGUUAAACAUAUUUUUUUAUUUAUAUUUCGUGUGAUAUUGUUUCCGACAAAUUGUGUUUAAAGUUAGACAUUAGUAUUAAAUGUCAAAAGAAAAAAUAACUAGUAGCCGCGCAAAAAAGACACUGGACGCUACAGUCGCUGACAACAACAACGUGGCCAAUCUAUUAUUGAGUCCCACAUAUUGCCGCGAGGCUCUUUUGACACGCCAUCUUUGAUGUGGCGUUAUGUUACAUAAAAUACAGGACGAAAUAUUAACAAAAAUAGUUAAAAAAAUAAAUUCAAUUUUUUUUAAAGUGACUGAUUUAUGCCUGAAUGGGACUUAAAUUUCCGAAAGUGUCAUAAACUACGAUCUCUACUCGAAGUAAGCGAUGGAUUUAGCUUAGAAAUCCAUUGAAUCAUAUUUAUAUCUUAGGCUAAUUCAAGGAUUAGGCAAACUAUAUUUACUUAAACUAUGAAAUUUUUCAACGUAUUCGAAAUAGUAAGGCACUAUAGUGUGUACAACGUAGCUUGAUCCCUGUGACAGCAGAUUGAACCGAAACAUUCGAAAUGUGACCGACAGAGACAGAUGUAUUGUUUUCAUACUAUUUGUCAUCUGUCACAGAGAUCAAUCGACGUUUUAAGUGACACUUGUCGACUUCUCGUAAUAUCCAAACUAAUAUUAUGAAUGCGAAAGUAAGUUUGUGCGUUUGUUUGUUUACCUCUACACUCUUUACAUGCUCAACCAAUCUUCUUGAAAUUUUCCAUACACGUAGUUUCAUGUACGGAGAAGGACAUAGGGUACUUUUUGUUCCGAAAUUCCCACGGGAGCGAAGCCCCGGGCUUAGCUAGUAUACCAUAUUUACCAGUAAAUUGAUCAUUACAUACUUGACUUUAUUAUACCCUCUGUAUAUACGUUACAUUGUGUAUUGACUGUUUUUAGGGUUCCGUAGCCAAAUGGCAUCGGAACCCUUAUAGUUUCGUCAUAUCCGUAUGUCACAGUCAUUUUAUUAGAAAUUGUGCAAUAUUAUUAUGAAAAAUAAAAUUGUUUUGUGUUAAAGUAAACAUACUCUGCCUAUUCCUAACACUAAUAAUACUAUCUACAAAAUAGAUUUAAAAUAUUGUUACGUUGGAAUACAUGUAAAUAUUUUAUCUUAACUGUUGUGUAAAGACUUUUGUUCGUUUAUAUAUAUUUUUCGUUCCUGUACGUAUAUUUUUUUUAUAUUUAAAUUUAUAUUGUAAUGUAGUUGUAUUGUAACUAUUCCAUUGCGUCGCGUAUAAACAAAGAGUCCUGUGCGUAAUUACCUACGUCAUCUUAUCACUACAUAGUAUAUGACAAAGUCGCAAACCGCGUCCGUAUGUUUCUUGGUUUUCUUUUUUUAAAGCACGCAACGGAUUUUUAUCCAGUUUACACUCAAUUUAUACCCGAAGGUUAGAAACCGAUUAUCUGAAUAUGAUAAAGAUCUAAAUAUUGUUUAGUGAGUUUCCACUGAUACUAACUAGUAAAUCAGUAUAUAUUUCCUGAUUUCAGUCAUCUGUGCACAAAGCUCACUAUGAAACGAAUACUAUAAUAAUAUUAACAAUUUACCUGAGCUAUAAAAAUGAAAACAAUUUGGUUCAAAAUAACGAACAUAGUAAAAGAUAAACUACUUAAACGAAUCAUAAUGAAAAUACCUGUUUCAUAAUAAUGUGGUACGACGUAUAUAAUUAAGCAACGGGUACACGGACUAAUAAUGAAUAUAGUAUUUAUCCGCUAGAUAUAAACGUGUUGAUGUGUUUCCGUUGUUAUACUUAUACAAAACUUAUUGUGUGUUUUAGCGUGGCCUUACGCAUACAAACGUUUAGUUUUAAAUAUACAUUAAUAUUCUUAAGUCUUAUUCGUAAAAAUAAAAUAAUGAUUUCGCAAUUGUACAGCCGAAGUAUAAUCCGAAUAAUUUAGAAUGGCUUUGAAUUGUUGCCAGCAAAGACACAGAAAACUAUAGAUGCUGGUUUAGCAUAGUCACAUGAGAUAGGCUAUUCAAUGCCUUCCCGGCAGAUCGUGGUAGGCUGGACGUAGUAAAAACUGGCACACGAUGAGGGACAAAAAAUCACACUGUCAAGAUAAAGAAAUCAAACAAAAAUUGUUAGGCAUUUAAUUCAUAUUAAACACAAAACCGUGUGACUAUGUCAAUUUAUGAAAUACUAGAUUUUGCCUCAGUUAUAAUCCUUUGGUAUUUUAAAUCUUUAUUGAUAAAAAAAAAUCUGAACAGGGAACUCUGAACUUGUGGCGCGCUGGGUCAGCAGGCAGUCGUCCUCGGAACCUCCGGAACACGAUUCCUUGCGACCAGAAGUCCUCUUUCAUAAAUUUCUCCAGGUGAUGUGACGGCACCCUAACCGCAAACGAAUUGAAGUUCACUAUGUGGCGAGAUGCCAAACGCUCGACUCGAAGAGUGAAGUUGGACUUCUUCAGCACGUAGUCUACGACAUCCACCACAUCCGUAGACCACUGCAGUCUCGACACAUACAGCUGCAUGCAUACCAAAUUUCAUCAAAUCCAGCGGUUUAACUGUGAAAGGGGAACAAACAGACAGACAGACUUUUGCAUUUAUAAUAAUAUGAACUUAUCCAUACUUCAAUACAGUAUGUAUCUAUCAUUUUCUUUGUCUAUGGAUGCGAGCGUUCAAAGAGCGUCCAUCUCAAACGAUUCGGAUUAUACUUAACACCUCAGUAGCGGGUAUAAUUUUUUAUGAAAGAGACAGUUAUAUAUCAAAGAUAUUAUUUUUACUACGGAAUCUCGUACGAGCCCUAAUUUUAUUGUUACAAACUCAUUGAUUUUGUACGUUUUGUAAAUAAGUGAUUGCUAUUUUGUUUGACAUAUCAGUGUGUGUCCAUUGUAUAUAUCUUGUACCGCGGCGCCGGGCGGCGUUGGUGUGUGGAUGUGUAUACUGCGCAGUGCAUUACAAAAUUAGUUCGCUUCUGUGCUGUUAGCAUGAGUUUUUGCAAGUCUGGUCAGCAUUUUAAAUAGUUCAUUUUGUGUACGAUAGAGGCGCUGUUAUUUUUCAUAUAAGUUUAUACGGUUACGUUCUCGGAAAAAUUCGUGCUGACGCCUCUGAUAGUGAAUUUCUUAAUAUCAAAUCGAUCAGUUAUAUUCUAUGUAAAUAUAAAUGAUACUGAUCUCGCGAUAUUUCUUUCGUCUCUUUAGGACCCAUAUUUUCCAUGGUGACAUAGAAAAAGUUAUUCAUUUUAACAUACAAUAAGUCCCAUAUCUAGGUCCAUUUCUCCAUCAAAACAUAAAAACAAAGUCAAGUAAAAAAUAAAUAAAUUUUGGUUCCACAUAAUUUUUAACGUGUCAAAAUCAAAACUAAAACUUGAAAUGCUCAAUCCGUGCACCAAUACUAUGUGCCGAAUAUAUAAAUAAAUGUCAUAAUAUUUAGUGACAUAGAGAACUGAACAAUGUACGAGAAUAAGAAAAGAAAAAUAUGCAAUAUUAUGAUUUAAAAUACAAUCACAUGUACGACUUUUCACCUUGAGUUUACACAUUUUUGGGAUAUAUUUAAACAACAACGUCCCUUUCUAAUCCUAACUAAUAUUAUAAAUGCAAAAGUUGUUUGUUACUUCUUCACGCUCUAUCUAUACAACUAAUCUUCUUGAAAUUUUGAAUACAUGUAGUUUGAAGUAUAGAGAAGGACAUAGAGUAACUUUCAUCCCGGAAAAAUUCACGCGGGGGAAGCCGCGGGCAAGAGCUAGUUAUACAAUACGCGAAAUAGACUUAUAAAGUUUGAUCGAUAAUAAACUAUACUCAGGCUGUAAAGUAGCAAAAUGUGUUUAAUCAUAUGUAUUCUAUCAUUAUACUGCAAAUUUUCUCCUUAUUGUGAGUUUCUCAAAAAGGGCGUCAAAAAGCUGUCCGAUUUUCUAUCGCUUGACAAUUUCGCGGACGCUCGAUGUAACACAUAACAAUAAUUUUAACAGUUACUGCAUUAGCAUUCUUGUUUCGGCGAAAGUGUUAAUAUAAGAAUAUUGAACUAUAUGGAGUUCGUGCCAAAAAAAACACUGUGCGCGCUAACAUUGUUCAAGUGCUAGCACGAGUUUUUGCGAGUGCAUAAUCUUAUCGACAAAAUGUAUAUAGGAAAUAAACAGCGCCUCUGAAACUCUUAAUUUGAAAAAUAUUUUUGAUUAUUUUUUUCUAAUUUUCCUUAUAAAUUUUUACGUUAUCGAAAAUGUUCGUGCUAGCCCCCAGACAUGUUGGUGAGCAUGUUAGUUAUACGAUACGAGCAAUAUAUAAUUUGCCUUAUUGUUUGCGAGUACGCUUGGUGUUCGACACUAGUUUGCUGUGUGGUACUACAGAUGUCGCUGGUUUUAAAAUACUUUCAAAUUUUUUCGUAAUGUAAAAACGAUGGAUUUGUGUUGAACGUCAAAUUUUUUUUCAUCAUUAUGACUUAAAGCUAUUAAUCUACAUCAAGUUCAAUAACUUUUUGUGUCUAUUCUGUAAAGGAAAAAGAUGUGUUAUAUCAUAUGGUUAGAAAAAUAUAGUAACAAAUAUAUACACUCGUAUAUGGUCAGAUAAUAUUUGAGUUAAUUGAAAAAAAUGUCGAUAAAAUCGCGAAAUUACUUCAAAUAUACGCUCAUUUUGGUAAUACCUCACAGUAAACUUUUCAAUGUAGAAUUAGCUUCGCUUAAGCAUUAUUAUGUAAACUAAUGUAAAACCUAAGGACCAGCGUAGACAUUAAAAAAAAUAUAUUCUGAAUCUAUGGAUCUGAUGUUUUAUGAUGGGGUACUGUUUCUUCCAACGACACAAAAACUAAAGACAAAGAGCUAGCAUAACCAAAGUGUUAGAACAUUUUCAUGCAACGUAUCAUGAUACAGGGCACAUUUUUUUAUAGUAGACUUUAUGCGACUAAAGAAUGCAAAGCAGCAAGAAGAGUAUUAAAUAUGAAAUAAGUAUAUUGGCUAAACACAAAAUGCGACACAAUGUUGUUUUAACGAAUGUUAAAAAGAAUAAUGAGAUUAAAACAUUCAGAAGUCGAGCGGACAAAUUACUACCUCCGAAAUGAAACGCAAACAUUAGUUUCAAAAAUUCCAAAAUUACCAGUUCCAAAAUUGUUGUUUUUUAUUUCGGAUUCGAAUAUGGAACGUGAAAUAUGCGAUAUUCAUUCAUUUUUUUUCAUUCUUUCUGAAAUAUUGUAUUGUAUUUUCAUUUGUUCACCUGUAUCAAUCGACUAUAUUAUUGUAAUAGUGAGAGAAAUCUUUUAUUGGCCUUAUUAUUGAAUAAGAAUUUGUAUUGUAUCCUUUUGUAAACGCCGUUAGUUAAUAUAUAUGUUAUGAUACGGUAAAAUUAGGUGUAGCCCGCAGAUUCGCCCGCGGUAAAUGUUUAAACUAAUACUAUUAGCUAUAUUUAUUUCAAAUUCAUGAUUCUUCUUAUUUCCAGAUUCAUAUUUUUAUUCUGUUUAGCCAUGAGAGCAUGACUUUCGCAUUUAUAAUAUUAGAAUGGACUAUACCAGAUAAUAAUUUUGAGAUCCUUCCCUCUGCCCUGGUCCUAUGGUCACCAUCAAAAUUUACCGUAAAAUACCGAGAUUUGGAUCAGACGUACACAACGUCGCUGUGAACAGUAGUUGUAUUCAUCAGUAUAACAAUGCAUCGUAUAACAUCAAAUAAAGAGAUUUUUAAACUAUAAA